AUGGUCAAGGGAAGCAAAUUGCUGGCCGCGCUGGACCGCGAAAAGGGCGUCGACCACAAGCUCGAACGCCAAAAGAAGCAGCAAAAAGCCGCCGAGAAGAGAAAGAGAUCAAGGGCUGAGGAUCAGGACGACGAGGCGCUUCUUGAGGAUGCGAUAAAGGAGGCUGAAAAGACUGUGUUGGGCGAUGCUGGCGCAAAGAAGGAUAAGAAGGGCGCCAAGCGCGCAAAGGUUGUGCAAGAGGAGGAGGAUGAGGAGUGGGAGACUGAUGAUGAGGACAAGACGCAUGCUAAAAACAUUGCAAGACUAGUCGAGGACGAUUCCGAAGACGAGUCUGACUCUGAAGACGACAUCAACGGAGCCGCCGAGCUAGACGACGACGAAGACGACGACGACGACGAUGAAGACGAAGACAUUGCGCUCUCAGACCUGGAAUCCGUGGCUUCAGAAGACAAGGGCGACAUCAUCCCACAUCAACGCCUCACCAUCAACAACACAGCCGCCCUGCUGCGCGCCGUAAAGUCCUUUGCCCUCUCGUCCAAGCUCCCCUUCUCCGAGAACCAAGUCAUCGUCAGCGACGCCCCCACCGACAUCCCCGACAUUGACGACGACCUCAACCGCGAACUCGCCUUUUACAAGCAAUCCCUGGAUGCCGUGACCAAAGCCCGCGGCCUGCUCAAGAAGGAAGGCGUGCCUUUCUCCCGCCCGGCAGACUACUUUGCCGAAAUGGUUAAGAGCGACGAGCACAUGGGCAAGAUCAAGAGCAAAUUGAUCGACGAGGCGGCGAGCAANAAGGCCUCUGCCGAAGCGCGAAGACAGAGAGAUCUCAAAAAGUUUGGAAAGCAGGUCCAGGUCGCAAAGCUGCAGGAGAGAAGUCGCGAGAAGAAGGAUACCAUGGACAAGAUCCAGCUUCUCAAGAGAAAGCGCAAGGGCGAAGACAUUGGCAACGCAAACGAAGACGACAUGUUCGACGUCGCCCUCGAAGACGCCGCUGAGACGGAAAAGAAAGACAAAGCCGCCCGCAAGGCUGGUGGUGCCGGCGGCGCCUCUGACCGCAGCAAGAACAACUUCAAGCGCGUCAAGCGCGACGAAAAGUACGGCUUUGGCGGCAAGAAGCGCUUCUCCAAGAGCAACGAUGCAAAGUCAUCGUCCGACAUGAGCGGCUACUCGUCAAAGAAGAUGAAGGGUGGAAAGAAGGCUCAAAGACCUGGCAAGAGCAGACGUGCAAACAAGGCUUAA